ACUUCCAAUUCCUGAAUCGUUUGGUUUUUGAAGAGGGGAGGGAGGAAUAGAGCUUGAUCAUGGCUUCCUGCUACUGCGAGCUCCGCGGGACCCAAACUUUGGUCGUCUUUUCUCGCCUCGCCGACCUCAGCUAAAGGCAGCCCAGGUACGGUCGCGGCCGGAGAAACAUCUCAGCUCGGCGGAUCGACCAACAAAUGGCGUUCUGAUGCAGGGAGCUGGAGUGAUUAGUGGCCUCUGAGAACGGCGGAGCGGGCUCUGUGCGCCACAAGCCGUCCGUCCGCUUGCUGUUAUUAAUGUAAUAUUAAUUAUUUCUUAAAAGCGGGCUGCAUUUAUGAUCAAGCCGGAGGGGUGCAGGUUAAUUCAUCGGUGGCGGGGUAACUGUUUCUUUUUUCUUGCUUUGUUGCUGACCGAUUUAAAAACUAAUUAAUGGACUGAACUUGCGGGCUUCGAUUUCUAAGCCAACUUUUUUUCAUCGGUUUUAACCAGUCGAUGAUUUAACACAACCGGUGGAAUUAAUCUGUAAAUAUAAAUAUUGCUGUGUCGGAUCACUCCAUAAUUGUGUGUGUGUGUGUGGGUGGGUUGAUUAAAGAUUGACAUGCAAAUCUCUCUCUGGCCCUUCCCUUUCUUGCUUGCAUUUCAGUAUUCCGCUCAAUCGUUGCUGAGCUGGUUCGGAUUUCAUCGCCGCCCCCUUGUUUCUCUCUGCUUCCCCCCCCCCCCCCCCCCCCCCCCCCCUUUAUUAUUGGAGCUUGGUGUUUGGGUUAGGUUGGGUUGGUAUCACGUGAACACCUGCUGUUAGUAAAAGGGGCGACCAGCAACAUCGGAUAGUUUGUAGACUGCAGCAAGCUUUCGCGUAGAUCGGGAUUAAACAAAAUACCUCCUUGUGCGUUGCCGUUCGCUGAGAAUUGGACCCAGCAGCAAAAAGAAAAAACCUUCUUAGUCUAAGACGUAGAUGCCAUCAACUUCUGCCUCAGAAGUGACCGAAAUCUUGCAGAGACAAAUCUGACGAUUUUUUAAAAAUCGAAACAUUUUAAAAAGCGCGCACAGAGCUCGGUGGAUAUUUACUGGACUUUUUUUUUCUUUGGGAUUUAAGUCGGAGGACGCGAAGGAAGGACGAUUUGUUUUUUUUAAAAAAAAUCGUUAGAUCUGCUUCGAGAGGGUGAAAUAAACUUUUAACUGCAAAUCUGGCUCGCAUCCACUGGUGGAAAAUUAAACUAAAGCAGUCCAGGAUCUUUAUGUUGCUGGUGAAAUAUAUUCAGGAAACCCUGAAAAAGUCCAAGAGUGUGAAAAGAGGGUCCAGCGAUAGCGGCAGGCUGCCAGCUUGCUAUGAGAUUGUAACUAUUUCUCUGGGCAAGAAGAUGGCUGCGGAACUGUAUCCAUCGAAACACAGCAACAGCCAGCACAACAGCGAGCACAGCGGGAACAGCGCGGUGAGCGCUUCCAAGAGGAGCUUGUUGCUUCGUCAGGGUCAACAGAAACCCCUCAACAACAACCACAUCCACAACAACACCAACUGGCAGUCUUUCUACCCUACCCUGCGGGAAAGGAAUGCCAUGAUGUACAAUAACGAACUGAUGGCAGACGUGCACUUCAUCGUGGGGUCUCCGGGAGCAUCGCAGAGAGUUCCAGCUCACAAGUACAUUUUGGCGGUCGGCAGUUCGGUUUUCUACGCUAUGUUCUACGGGGAACUGGCCGAGAAUAAAUCCGACAUCCACAUUCCAGACGUGGAGCCCGCCGCUUUCCUUAUUUUGCUAAAGUAUUUGUACAGUGAUGAGAUUGACUUGGAGGCAGAUACAGUGCUGGCCACUCUGUAUGCUGCCAAGAAGUACAUUGUCCCUUACCUAGCGAAAGCCUGCGUCAACUUCCUGGAGACCAGCCUGGAGGCCAAGAACGCCUGCAUUCUGCUGUCACAGAGCAGGCUGUUCGAGGAGCCUGAGCUGACCCAGCGUUGCUGGGAGGUGAUCGAUGCCCAGGCAGAGCUAGCCCUGAGGUCUGAGGGCUUCUGCGAGAUUGACCUGCAGACUCUGGAGAUCAUCCUGUCCCGGGAGACACUGAACACCAAGGAGGUGGUGGUGUUCGAGGCCAUUGUGAGCUGGGCAGAGGCAGAGUGCAAGAGGCAAGGCCUGCCGCCCAGUGCCCGGAACAAGAGGAGCGUGCUGGGCAAGGCCCUCUACAUAGUGCGCAUCCCCACCAUGUCACUGGAGGAGUUCGCCAAUGGCGCCGCGCAGUGUGACCUGUUGACUCUGGAGCAGACUCACGACAUCUUCCUGUGGUACACGGCAGUCAACAAGCCUCAGCUGGAGUUCUCCACUGCCCAGAGGAAGGGGCUGGCUCCUCAGCGCUGCCACCGGUUCCAGUCCUCUGCUUACCGCAGCAACCAGUGGAGGUACCGGGGCCGGUGUGACAGCAUCCAGUUCGCCGUGGACAAACGGGUCUUCAUCGCCGGGCUCGGGCUGUAUGGCUCAAGCUGCGGCAAGGCGGAGUACAGCGUGAAGAUUGAGCUUAAGCGGCAGGGGGUGGUCCUGGCUCAGAACUUCACCAAGUUUGUCUCGGACGGCUCCAGCAUCACGUUCUCGGUCUGGUUCGAGCACCCGGUGCAGGUGGAGCAGGACACCUUUUAUACCGCCAGCGCCAUCCUGGACGGCAACGAACUGAGCUACUUUGGGCAGGAGGGGAUGACGGAGGUGCAGUGCGGCAAAGUGACGUUUCAGUUCCAGUGCUCGUCCGACAGCACCAACGGCACAGGAGUGCAAGGGGGGCAGAUCCCAGAACUCAUUUUCUAUGCCUGAGCAAGGACUUGUUAAACCUCCCCACCUUGGAAAUCACAAACAAAUGGACAUUCUGCAUUCAACUGCUGCUAACCCAAGGGAGUGUGGCAAGAAUCUGAUUUCUUGCUGCUUCUACUGAUAAUAUAUUAAACUGCAGACACUGGUCCUAUUGGAUCAACUGUCAACUCAAACUAUCUUAAAUUGAAGGAAUGUUUGAUUGUAAAUUAAUUUUAUUUAUUUAUAAUGGCUAGAGAGUAUUAUUAUUGGACACACUGAAGCUGCAAUGGCCAGUGUUCAGUAGUGCACUCAUUUUGUGCUUUUUUUUUUGUACAGAAGUGCUGUUUAAAAUGGCUUAAUGACUGAUGAAUGACAUUUCAACACCUCUGUGUACUUGCAACUGAUGAACUUGUACAGUAUAAAGAUUUUUACAUGAUUAUA